AAGAAACCGUAGUUAUUCUAUCCAAAGGAAAGUAUGCAGGAUGCAAAGGAGUGAUCGUUGAUGGGAUCAAGAAGGGCGAGCACUUGAAUAUGUUACUAUUGUUGGCAUGUGCAAGCUCCCAGCACCAGUAACCGAGAACAUGACAGAGAGACAGAAAAAGAGAAGAGAAUCUGUUAAGUGCUUUGUUAAAAAAAUGAACAUAAGACACUUAAUGUCAACCAAAUACAAGAUGGAGAAUGUCUUCGAUAAAAUGCAGCUUGCCGAUAUAUCUGACAUGUCUGAGAAGGUAGAAUUAUUAAGAGAAGUAGAGAAGCUAUUCAAGGCAGCAUACUCAAACAAUGCUUCUCACUGGGUCUUUAAGAAACAAGUAGUUUAAUUAGAAAUAAAGAAUUCUAGCG